AUGGUUCACCUUCCUUCUAUUACCGCAGCUCUUGCUGUCGGCGCUCUUCCCCUCGCAUCCGCCGCUGGCCUUCACGAGGCUGCCGUUGCGAAAGGACUGAAAUACUUCGGCACGGCUACCGACAACCCCGAGCUCACGGAUGUUCCCUAUGUGACUCAAUUGAACAACACAAAGGACUUCGGUCAGAUCACGCCUGGAAAUUCGAUGAAGUGGGACUCGACCGAACCUUCUCAGAACAGCUUCAGCUUUGCCAAAGGCGAUGUCAUUGCUGACUUGGCUGAGGCCAACGAUCAAGUGCUGCGAUGCCAUAACCUUGUCUGGCACCAGCAGCUGCCCAACUGGGUCACCAGUGGAUCCUGGACAAACGCCACCUUGACUGCGGCCCUGAAGAACCACAUUACCAACGUUGUCAAGCACUACAAGGGUCGCUGCUAUGCCUGGGAUGUUGUGAACGAAGCGCUCAACGAGGACGGCUCGUACCGCGAAAACGUUUUCUACAAGACCAUCGGUGAAGCUUAUCUCCCGAUUGCGUUUGCCGCCGCUGCCGCCGCCGACUCCGACGUGAAGCUCUACUACAAUGAUUACAACAUUGAAUGGGCCGGCAACAAGGCCUCUGGCGCCCUCAAGAUCGUCAAGCUAAUCCAGUCGUACGGCGUGAAGAUUGACGGAGUCGGUCUACAGGGUCACUUCACCGUCGGCAACACCCCCGGCAAGAACGACCUUGCCAGCACCUUGAAAACCUACACCGCGCUCGGAGUUGAGGUGGCCUACACCGAAAUCGACGUUCGCAUGGAGACCCCCGCCACCGACGCCAAGCUGGCCCAGCAGUCGACCGACUACCAGAACCUGGUCCAGGCUUGCGUCGAGACCUCCAAGUGUGUUGGAUUCACCAUCUGGGACUGGACUGACAAGUACUCCUGGGUCCCUAGCACUUUUCCCGGCCAAGGUGCCGCCCUUCCCUGGGAUGAGGACCUGAACAAGAAGCCUGCCUAUGCUGGUUUGCUGAAGGGACUGGGAGGUAGCGCGUCUGAAUCCUCAUCGUCUUCUGCUCCCACCAGCACCACUGCCCCCGUUCCUUCCUCGACCACCAGCUCCAGCACGGUCUCUGCGCCUCAAACCACCUCGACGAACGUUGCGGGUAAAUGGGAGCAGUGCGGCGGUAACAACUGGACUGGUCCUACCACCUGCGUUAGCGGCACGACUUGCAAGAAGCAGAAUGACUGGUACUCACAGUGUCUGUAA